GGAUAUAUGUUCUCCGGGGCUUCUUCACGCAAACAAACAAAGAUGAUUAAAGUUGUAACGCCCAUUCUCCUCUUAAUCGUUUUAUACAUUUUCUGGAAUGUUUACAACAACCACAAAACUAAAAGAAGCAAACUCAAUCUUCCACCGGGAAGCUUCGGUUGGCCGUUUCUUGGAGAAACUCUCGCGUUGCUACGUGCAAAUUGGGAUGGAGUUCCAGAAAGAUUCGUUCAAGAACGGAUCGAGAAAUACGGCAGCCCUCUAGUGUUUAAGACGUCGUUACUUGGCGAACGUAUGGCUGUGCUGUGUGGUCCUGCGGGUAACAAGUUCCUGUUUGCGAACGAAAACAAGCUGGUGGCGAUGUGGUGGCCAUUCCAGGUGAAGAAGCUUUUCGGGAGGUGCCUGCUUACGAUUCGUGGCGAUGAAGCAAAGUGGAUGAGGAAGAUGUUGUUAUCGUAUCUUGGUCCCGAUGCUUUCGCCUCUCACUAUGCUGCGACUAUGGAUGUUGUCACUCGUCGACAUAUUGAUGUUCAUUGGCGAGGCAAGGAAGUGGUGAACGUAUACCAAACCGUCAAAUUAUGUUCCUUUGAACUCUCCUGUUGUUUAUUCAUGAGCCUUGACAAGCCAAACCAAAUUGCAAAACUCGCUUCCUUAUUCAACACUUUAUUAAAAGGCAUCAUCGAGCUACCGAUAAAUUUCCCAGGCACACGAUUUUACAAGUCGAAAAAAGCAGUAUCAUCUAUAACAGCUGAACUAAUAACGAUCAUCAAAGCAAGAAGAGUGGAACUGGAAGAAGGAAAGGCGUCGUCUUCACAAGACCUCUUAUCACAUUUGCUUACUUCAUCCGACGAAAAUGGUAGGUAUUUAACCGAGAAAGAUAUUGCAAAGAACAUCUUGUUACUACUCUUCGCUGGUCAUGACACCUCCACUGUUACUAUCACUUUGCUUAUGAAGUGUCUCGCUGAACACCCUCGUGUUUAUGACAAGGUGUUGAAAGAGCAAUUAGAUAUAUGUAAGGCAAAAGAAGCAGGAGAAUUACUGAAAUGGGAGGAUAUACAAAAUAUGAGAUACUCUUCGAAUGUUGUAUCAGAAGUCCUUAGAUUAUAUCCAGCCACCAGUGGAACCUACAGAGAAGCCCUGGUGGAUAUCGAGUAUGCAGGUUAUACCAUCCCCAAAGGAUGGAAGCUACAUUGGAGUGCUUCAUCAACACAUAAGGACAAGGCUAAUUUUGAAGAUCCAACACGGUUUGAUCCAUCAAGGUUUGAAGGUUCAGGGCCAAAACCGUUCGCGUUUGUGCCGUUUGGAGGGGGUCCUAGGAUGUGUUUAGGGAAAGAAUUUUCCCGAUUGGAAGUACUCACGUUCCUUCACAACAUCGUAACCAAUUUCAAAUGGGACUUGUUGAUACACGAUGACAAAAUCAAAUACAAUCCUGUGCCUGUCCCGGCAAAAGGGCUUCCGAUCCGUAUCCAUUCUCAUCAAGUUUGAUUACUCUUAGCAAUAAUCUGUUAUUAUGCAUUAAUCUAUAUUAGUAUAUAAUAAUCUCUUUGAGGCAAUGAUGUAAUUUCAAUUUAAUUUUAAGACAUUUAAAAACAAUGUUGCUGCGUUUGGUACAAGUGUUGAUGGAUAAUUUUUUUUUUGAAAA